ACUCGCGCGCAUCAUCCAAAUCCCACUACCGCUCCCUUCCAAAAACCAAACUCCGCAGUCUCUACCAAACCCACGCCGGCGCCGCAUCGUCUUCGUCUCGUCUCCUCCAGUCAAGUGCUAGCUAGGGCCUAGGCUGCCGCUCCCGCUCUCUCGCCUUCUUCACCCCCGAGCCUGAUCGAUGGGGAAGCAGGAGCAGGAGAAGAUGCUCCUCCAGGCCGCCUACGAUGACAACCUCCGCCUCCUCAGGAAGAUGGCGCGAGGGCUGGACACCGGGCAGGGCGAGGCUGCCGUCGUGGCGGCGGUGGCGGGCAGGGCCGACGGGAACCGCGCUCUCCACCUGGCGGCCGCCCGAGGAAGCAUGGAUGUCCUCAGGUACCUCGUGGAGGACCUCCACCUCAGCGUCAACCAGUUCAAUGCCAAAGGUGAAACACCACUGUGCCUUUCUUCAAUUCAUGGGAGAGCUGCUGCUACAAGAUAUCUUCUCGAUCACGGUUCUGAUCCUACGAUUGAUAAAUCAGUGUUACCUUUUCAUGCUGCUGCAACGAAAGGACACUGCGAAAUAGUAGAGUUGUUUCUUUCAAGAGGAGUUGAUGUGGAUUUAGAUUCUAUCACUGGGACCCCAUUGCUGACAGCUGCGAUGAAUGGCCAAUAUAGCACGAUGAAGAUUUUAUUGGAGCAUCACGCUGAUCCUAACAGGGUUGUCAAUCAUAAUGGUACCCCAUUGAUUAUGUCCAUAGUUUCUGGAUCAUUGGAAUGCGUGAAGCUAUUAAUCAAAGUUGGUGCUGAUGUGAAUUUUAGAGAUCCCAAUGGUGUUACUUGUGUGAUGGUCGCAGCAAAUCAUGGCUCUCCUGUCAUCAUGAAGUGCUUACUAGAUGCUGGUGCUAAUUCAAAUAUUCCAGAUGAAUUUAAUAGGACUCCAAUUGAAGUUGCCGCUAAUCGAGGCAGAAGGGACAUUGUUAAAAUGUUGUUUCCUUUAACUUCACCAAUUUCAACACUGCCUGAUUGGAGUAUCGAUGGAGUUAUUUCUCAUGUGCAAACUUUUGGUUUGAAGCCAAGGGAUAAUGAUCUGUCUAAAAGGAAAAGUGCUGAACUGAAAUUACAAGCUAGAGAGGCUUUCGAGAGAGAGGAAUAUAUGCUUGCAGGACAACACUACACUAAUGCAAUAGAACUUACCACUAAUGCUCAUGAUAAGGCAACCCUGCUAGCAAACAGGAGCCUGUGCUGGUUGCGUUUGUCAACCGGCAAUGGGGCUCUUGCUGAUGCUAACAUGUGCAGAAUGUUGCGGCCCAGUUGGCCCAAAGCAUGCUAUCGACAAGGGGCAGCUUUCAUGUUUCUAAAGGACUAUGGAAAAGCUUGUGAAGCUUUUGCAGAUGGCUUGAAGUUGGACCCUGCAAAUGAAGAUAUAGCGAAAGCUUUAAGGGAUGCCCAGGAGGCCAUGAAGGACCAAAUGGAGCACAGAGGUUGAUUCAGCCUUACCUUGCGCCUCUAUUUUGUUGCUAGCUACUCCCUCCGUUCUAUAAAAAGUAUAAAUCUAAGACAUGCGACAUAUUCUAAUACUAUGAAUUUAAUAUAAAUUAGGAUAUGUCACAUCUGUUACGGUUUGUAUUUUAUGGUAAAGAGGGAGUAAGUCCCAAAGACAUUUUGGCUGCCAACGGACAAGCUUUUGCGUUUUGUUAACCUGAGACCUGAGAGUUUAGUGUUAAAUGUGAACUAUGUGGGAACUAUUUCAUGGUUUGUGGAAGUCGUCGUGCCUUCUGGACACCAUCAGUUUUUUUUCCUUA